GAAAAAAUAGUUUGCCAUGCAUGCACGUAGAUUCGUGGAGGGCUGUGCGUACAUGUGAAACGACGAAAGCGGCUUAUACAUACAUUCCUUGGUAUCCUCCUUUCUUCUCUCAUUUAAGAACAAGUUGUGUAAUCAGUAACAGAUGGUGGAUUCUCCAUUAACUUCGAGGUACCGUUUACUCACAAGAUCAGAUUCCAUGCGCUUCAUCGCUUCCAGAGGAACAACGAGCUUUGCCUAUGGUUUCGCAUUUGCUUCUGUUUUGUUUAUGCUGUUGCUCAUUCUAAAUCCUUCUUCCUAUCAAUUAACUCCCAGGCUGAGAAAUGCCUUUCACUCUUCACGUAGAUAUCAUUUUUCUAAAGUUUUUGGUCACAUAUUCACCAACUCUUCGUUUUCUCCACCACCCCUUUACAACCCUUAUAGCACCAAUGACAACACUACUCACAAAAGUUCAAGGACAGAAAUGUCCUCAGUAAACUCAAGUACUGUCAGUUCUGAGAAUAGGCUUGGGAUUUCUCCUUCUUCCUCUCAAAUUUCCAGAAAGGAAGGUUCAGGCCUCACACCAAAAGGCAGUAACCAGAAGGAGGGAUUGAGAAAGGAUGGUGUUCCCCCACCAGCUGCUAGUAUACAACCACAACAACAAAAGCCUUCUCCCACUAAAAUGGGUUCUCAAAAUGUGACUCAAGGUGAACAUUCACAUUGGAGGGACAAUUGUGAUAUGUAUGAAGGGUCAUGGGUUAGAGAUGAUUCAUACCCACUUUACAGGUCUGGGUCUUGUCCCCAUAUUGAUGAGCCUUUUAACUGUUUCCUCAAUGGUAGGAGUGAUAAUAUGUAUGAAAAGUUCCGGUGGCAGCCCAAGAAUUGCAACAUCCCAAGGUUAAAUGGUAACGACAUGUUGGAGAUACUGAGAGGAAAACGUUUAGUCUUUGUUGGUGAUUCCCUCAAUCGGAAUAUGUGGGAAUCUCUGGUUUGUAUUCUUAGAAAUUCAGUGGAAGAUAAGAACCAAGUUUUUGAAGCCUCUGGUAGAGAAGAAUUUCGGACAGAGGGUUCUUACUCAUUUAUCUUCACAGGUUACAAUUGUUCAGUUGAGUUUUUCCGUUCGCCAUUUCUUGUUCAAGAGUGGGAGAUUCCAGACAGGAAAGGAUCAACGAAAGAAACCCUUCGUCUUGAUUUGGUUGAGAGAUCUUGUGAUAAGUACAAAAGUGCAGAUGUUCUGAUUUUCAACACAGGUCACUGGUGGACUCAUGAGAAAAGAAUGGAAGGGAAGGAAUACUAUCAAGAAGGAAAUCAUAUCCAUGGACAAUUGAAUGUUGAGGAGGCAUUUCAUAAGGCUUUGAUGACAUGGUCACAAUGGGUGGAUUCCAAUAUUGAUCCUAAGAAAACUUCAGUUUUCUUCAGGGGCUAUUCUCCGUCUCACUUCGGGGGUGGAGAGUGGAAUUCAGGUGGUCGGUGUGAGAAUGAAACAGAACCAAUAAAAGAUGAGCAUAAUUUAUCAGAAAAUCCUCCAAUGAUGAGGACCAUUGAGUCAGUAAUUAAGAAAAUGAAGACUCCAAUCUUCUACUUGAACAUCACCAAAAUGACUGAUUUCCGACUUGAUGCUCACCCUUCCAUGUACAGAAACACGAAUAUGACUGAAGAAACAAAAAAAUAUAUGCUUACACACCAGGAUUGUAGCCAUUGGUGUCUCCCUGGUGUUCCUGAUUUGUGGAAUGAAUUAGUGUAUGCUCACCUUUUAUCUAGCAUGAACAGAAACAUGGGCAAACCCCAAAAAUAGUUUUUGAUAUAUUGUUGAAACGUACAAAACAACAGCACAGGCUUCAUUUUAUGUUUGUGAUUUAAUCAGUUAGUAAAUUGAAUAACCAGGCU